GUAUCACGAAUGUCGCGCGGCAGCCGCAGGCGCACAUUUUCGUAACACAAUUUUGAAAAUAGAACGCUAAAUGCUGUUAUUUUUUUCAAAACCGUGACAUUAUUUUUUUUAAACCGUGAAAUUAAUUUUUAAAAUUAGAACGCUGUCUUUAGGCUGUGAUUAAAAAACAGACAGAGCAAUUUUAAGAAGAUUUUAGUCACAAUUUAUUUUCUUAAAUGGGUGCAAUGAGGUUUUCUGUGAUUAUAUUUUGUGCAGUCUUGUGCGUGUGCAGCGGGCAGCUGAGAAGGGAGGCGUAUGCGACUGUUCCUCAACUAAUCGCCUCGUCUGGUUACCCCGUCGAGAAGCACAGAGUGACGACUGAAGAUGGCUACAUACUGCAGAUCUUCAGGAUACCAGCCGGGAGACGGUCAGCCAGAAGGUCUGGUCCCAGCGCCAAGGGCAAGAGAGCUGUCAUGAUGGUCCAUGGCCUUUUGGGGAACAGCGGGAAUUUUGUUAUCAUGGGCCCUCAGAACAGUCUAGGAUACAUUUUAGCAGACGCGGGAUAUGACGUAUGGCUCGCGAACUUACGUGGAAACUUUUACACGGCGCACAAGAAUUUAACCCGGAACGACCCAGCCUUUUGGGAGUUCAGUUUCCACGAACAUGGCAAGUACGACGCACCGGCCAUCAUUGACAAGAUUUUGACCAUCACUGGCUUGUCAAAGGUCUUCUACAUCGGCCACUCCAUGGGCACCACAACGUUUUUCACCAUGCUGUCCCAAAGGCCGGAGUACAACGAUAAGCUGGUGGCCUUCGUGGCUAUGGCCCCGGCGGUCUACAUGAGCAAUAUGAAGGCGUUCGUGAAUUUCUUCUUGAAAUCAUUUGAUUUACUUAAUGUGAUGCGUCGUCGAGGCUAUCACGCCCUGUCGAUCCGUCCAGAAGUGCUGGCGAUGUUCGUCGGCAGCUUCUGCACAGCGAGGCAGCCACAAACAGACAUCUGCAUGAGGUUUCUGUACGCCAUCGUUGGUGAAGACUACGACCUGAACCCCUGGGACAUGGUCCCAGUUUUAUUAUCAAGCAUGCACCCCGCGUCGUUUCGACAGGUCGAACAUUUUGCAAAGGUCGCCAUGACAGGUAACCAAAAGCUUUAUAAUCGAUGCAAGUCUCACUAG